UUGACGACAGGACUAUUGGUUUUAUCUCUGGCGCACCUCCGAGAGUACGCUUUGACAUCGCUGCCAGCACGGUCACGACUUCGGGAAGGAUUCUUGGAAGAUAUCGAAGACCUUGAAGAUCCUGUAUUGCGUCGAUCAGAAAAACUGAGGAUUAUCGAUCGAAUGUGGAAGAGUUGGGGAAAAGAGCUCGGU